AACCAAGAUGCCCCGCAGCAAACGCUCAAAAGUCGUCCCCUUGACAAAAACCGAAAAGCGCCCCGGCAGGGAAAACAACGAACGCCUAUACGGGAAAAUCCGCGAGAGCAUCAACGACCACCAGAUAAUAUUCGUCUUCUCAGUGGACAACAUGCGGAAUACCCAUCUCAAGGAAGUCCGCACGGACCUCAGCGAUUCUAGGUAACUCCUUCUCUCCCCCUCCGUAUGAGUAGGUUCGCUAGGCUAACUAGGAUAUAGAUUAUUCUUCGGCAAAACCAAAGUAAUGGCCAAAGCCCUUGGCACCUCCGUAUCCGACGAAUACCGGCCCAACCUGAGCUCACUAAGCAAGUACCUAACCGGCAAUGUCGGGUUACUAAUAACCUCGCGGCCGGUGGAGGAGGUACUUGCCUAUUUCGAGAGCUUCAGUAAACAAGACUACGCACGCAUGAAUGCCGUCUCGCCCAUCACAUUCACCGUUCCCGCCGGGGUCGUGUACUCCACUGGCGGGAACGUACGGCAGGAGGAGGAUGUGCCCAUGGCGCACUCGCUCGAGACUACCGUCAGGGGGCUCGGCAUGCCGACUCGGCUGGUGAGUGGCAAGGUCCGUCUGGACCAGGAGUUUGUGGUGUGUAGGGAGGGGAAGAAGCUAGAUUCUAAACAGGCUGCGCUACUGAAGAUGUUUGGGGUCGCCACGGCCGAGUUUGUGAUUCGACCCAGCGCUUAUUGGACAUCGGCCACGACGGAGGUCACGGCUGUCGGUGCCAUGGAGGAAUAAACUAUACUCGAGUAUAUGGCGGGUUCGCCGCGCCCUUUAUCCAUCGAGGGUGUGGCGGUACAUAAUUAAUAGAUAUAAAAAAUGUGGGUGGGAAAAAAGGGAAUGACAUUCCCUUGCGUUCUUUUUUUCUUCUUCCUUCUUUUCAUGAUGCGGCGUUUCCUCUGUUAGAGUUAUGUACGUAUGUCGCGUGACGAAUGGGCAAUUUGUAUGCAAGAG